AUGGUCCUCCGCGAGAUGGUCGAGGGCCAGUCCGGCCUCCCCGUGCCCAACAGCACGCUCUCAUACUGGCACAAGGACCCCUCCAAGAAGCUUCUGGGCUACCGCUCUACCCCGGAUUUGCCCAAGGAGGUAGACACUAUCAUCAUCGGCACGGGCAUGACAGGGUCCUUCGCAGCACGCUUCCUCAAGGAGCCCUCCUCACCAGCAAAGGACGACUCGCUGCUGGUGCUCGAGGCGCGCGAGGCCUGCUGGGGCGCGACGGGCCGCAACGGCGGCCACUGCCAGCCCUUCCUGUACGGCGCGAGCGAGGAGGUGGCGCGCUUCGAGCUCGAGACGUACUCGUUCCUGGCCGGGCUCGUCGCCGCCGAGGGCGUCCCGUGCGACUGGCGGCCCGUCAACGGCGUGCACGCCAUGCUGAGCCGGGACGUCUUCGACGCCGCCGCCAGGGCCAUCCCCGCGCUGCGCAGGAGGGUCCCCGACUUCGCCGACAAGGUCGCCGUCGUGUCGGCCGACGGGGGGCUCGUGGACGGGCCCGAGGACGAGGAGUGGGCGCGCGGCCUGACGCUCGGGAAGCUCAGGCUCGACCGCCCCGGCGUCGUCGGCGCCAUCGUGCAGAAGCACGCCGCGUCCAUGUGGCCGUACAAGCUCGUGUGCCACGUGCUGGAGAGGCUGGUCGCCGAGCACGGGCCGGACACGUUCAACCUGCAGACCAACACUGCCGUGACGGGCGUGUCCAGGGACGCGCAGUCGCGCAGGUGGGUUGUCACUACGCCCCGGGGCAGGGUCUCUGCAGCAAAGGUCCUGCUCGCCACAAACGGGUACACCUCCCGGCUGCUCCCGGCCUUCUCGGACCUCAUUGUCCCUGUCAGGGGCCAGAUCGGCGCGCUGCUGCCUCCCGAGCCGCGGGUGGCGCUGGACUACUCAUACGUCUUCUUCGGGAAACUGGAGGGCGAGGAUGGCCAAGACACCACAAGGGACGAGUACCUGGUCCAGCGGCCGCUGCCGAACGGGGAGCUGAUCCUCGGGGGAGGCCGGCAUCUCGCCAAGGGGAUGGCUGUUGGGGAAUGGAGAGACGACACCGUCGAGCCCAAAGUGGCCACAUGGCUGCGUACCGAACUCGAGCCUGUCCUCAACCUUGACCGGAAGGGCGAUGAAGCCCCCGAGAAGGGCUUGGAAGCGUCGAUGGAAUGGACAGGGAUUAUGGCGUAUAGCCGUGAUCAGGCGCCGUGGAUCGGUGCCGUCCCAGAGGCUCUGGGUGGUGGCGAGGGUUUGUACAUCGCGUCUGGAUUCACAGGACAUGGCAUGCCGCGGUGUGCAUUGGCCGGCAGAGGUGUGGCAAGAAUAAUGCUAGGGGAUGAGAAGGGUCAUGGUCUUCCUCAGACAUUUGUUGCGAGCGAAGAAAGGGCAGCAAAUGCAAGGGAGACAUGGGGUCCUGUUGGGACUGUUGACGAGAUGGAUACUUUGAUUGCGGAUCUGAAGCCUCUCAUCGAGUAA